GGCGCGCUGCGCCAGUGUGUGUGAGCGCACUGUUGUGUGUGUCUGUGUGCCGCACACAUUUUUCAGUUGACUUCGUUGAAAUAAUUUUCGUAACAACGAUCACACUCGUUUGUGUAUUGCGAAGACGGGCGGACGUACGUCGGCGUCGAAUGCGGAAAAAGCGCUAAAGCGAACUAGCGAAAAAGUGCGAAUACCAAAAGAAAAGAGAGCCAAAUAACUUUUUUUUUCACCACGAGCGUCGUCGCGACAACAACAAAAAGGAAUUUAAUAAACCAAAAACAAACGAGAGAGAGAGAAAGCAGCAACUAAAUAUAACAACAAAUGCGUUAAAAAGUUUUGUUUUUUUUUCCACACUGCCAAAAUGCAGUUAGCGUUUGUUUGUCUCCUGAUAUAAACCCAAAACCCAAACCAAUAAUUGUGAAAAUCGAAAAGCCUGGAAAAGGAUUACAUAGAGCGCGAGCGAGACAUCAUUCUAGAGCAAAAGAGAGAGAGUGUGUGGAGGAGCGAUGGCCAGCGAGGAUGUGCAGAUCACUAGCGUCAUCGAUGCCAAUGGCCAGAGUCUACCGCUCCACGGCAACAGUUUGGGCGGUCCCCUGGGCCCGCCCGUCAAACAGGAGCGUCCCGAUGACGCCGAGAUCCGCGAACUAGCGGCCAAAAUGAAGGAGCAGCAAAAGCAACAGGCCGCCCAGCAGGCAUCCCGUCAAGCGGCCAUGCAGCACUCGAAUGGGGGCGCCAAUGCGGCAGCCUCAGCCGGUGGCAACAUGCAGCCGCCGAUCACAAAUGGCAAUGGCCAGACAAAUAUUAUGAGCUAUCUAUCUCGUCAUCAGAAACUACCCAACGGCACCAUGCAGGUGGUGCCCGCCUUGGCCUCCAAUGGUCGUUCGAACGGAGCCGUCAGCGACUCCGGUUCGGACAAGAAAUCCUCCACGGGACCCUGCGACGAGGAGUCCAUUCAAGGUCACUUCGGUUGGGCUCAAUUCGGCAAGGUAUCCAUACCGUACAUCUAUCGCCAGUCGGAGAAGUACUGCUCCGUGCGCAUGAUCGAGCUGAAACUGCUGGGCAAAUACCUCAACUGCCUGCAUCCGGAUAUCUAUUCGAGCUGCACCUGCGUGCGCAGCUACUACAUCACCGAUGCGGAGGCACGUCUCUUCAUCGAGAUCAAUCAUAAGCACUGCGACGGGGAGUUCGGUCGCGACAUCUUCAACCAAAAGGAUCUGGUGGUCCGACUCAGUGACGCAUCCAAGUUCUAUCAGUUCUUGGACAUUUGCUACAGAAAACUGGUCUCCGGCAGCAAGACGCCGUCGGAGAAGUGCGGCUUCAUUCGCAUCAACAAGGAGUCCGUGGUGCCCUACACUGUGCGCAACAAUCAGCAGGUUGUGCCGCUAUUCUAUUUUGAGGGCGAGACCGAGAAUCUAAAGACCAAGGCGGAGCUGCUCAAUGGCUGGGACCUGGCCUAUCUAAAGUUCUGCUGCAAAGUGCAGGGCAUACGCAACGAGCUCUUCUCCAGCGAGAAUGUAGCCGUCAUUUCGCUGACGGACAUUAAAAGCUACUUCCCAAAUGGCACCGAAUUUGAGGACUACUGGCCCAGCAAGGUGGUUGACUCGAAUCUGCUGAUUGGCAAUCGGGCCAAUGUCAACAACUCGGUCAACUGGACCCGCCAGCCAUCGGCGCCGCCGCCAAAAGUGACCACCUCCGGUACUGGAUCGACAGGCGGCUCUUCCUCCUCCAGCGGCGGUAGCAUGGGCCAGAACUCAUCAUCCGCAUCAUCGUCCGCAAACUCCGCCGGUGGCCAACAGGUGACCUCGAAAUCUCAGCAACAGCACGCUGCCUCUGCCGCUGCAGCAGCGGCGACGGCGCAUCAACAGCAUCUGAUGAAGCAACGCGCCGCCGCAGCAGCAGCUGCCGUCGGCGCCAAUGGUGUGGCGAAUGCGGCCAACAGUUUUGGGGCAGCCGCGGUGGCGGCCUUCAAUUCCCAGGCGGCGUCGAUGCUCCAGCAGUCGCAGGGCAACAACAGGAUGCUGUCCCAGGCCACCGUCCAGGCUUUGGCCAGCAGCGGAUGGAUGUCUGGACAGACGAACCUGCAGCUUCACGCCCAGAUGAUGCAAACGCAUGCGAACGCAAACCGCGUGGGAAGCUAUCGGGAGCACAUGAACAACCUGAUGAUGAGCGGCAGCAGCCGGCAGCCGUAUUCCUACAACAAUCCCGCGAUCUCCAUGUCCUCGGUGAACAACCACAGUGGGGGUGGCGGGAAUGCCCCACCUCCGCUCGUCCGCUCGGCGGCGGGUCAAAAUGCCAACCACAUGUCAAAUGUCGAGCAGUCACUGGUGCAACAACAACAACAGCAACAGACACAACAACCGCAACAACAACAACGACACCAGAACAGCACAUUUAACAACAACAACAACAACCAUGCACCACAGCAACACUCUUCACCAAACAACCAGACCAAUAGUAGCCACCAUCAUCAUCAUCAACAACCACAACAUGCCUUAGCCAAAAGUCUCAGCAGCAGCAACAGCAACAACAGCAGCAGCAACAGCAGCAGCAACAACAAUAGGAGCAGCAGCAACAACUCCAGUUCGGCGGCCGCCGUGGCCGCUGCUGCUGCCGCCGGCUAUGUGCAAGCUCUACUGGGGGGCGGCGGCGGUGCUGGGGGCGUGGCUGGUGGCGCUGGCGCCGGCAGCAAUGCCUUCAACUACAACCUGCCCUCGACCCGAGCGGACUACACGAAUCUAGCGCUGUGGAAUCAACUAACGCCCGCCCAACGAUUGCUCUUCAGCCAGCAGCUGAAAGGUGCCAGUCCCACUGGAUCUGGUGGUAAUAUUACCAGCGGUACCGGAUCAAGCCAUUCCGCCGGAAAACAAAACUUCCCAGCCUUGCCCUCCCUGCCGCUGGAUACGGAUCUGAUUACCAUGCUGGACUAUAACAAUCCCAAUAAGGCAAACAAAAAUCAGAAAAGUGGAGGUGUGACCUUUACCAAACCCAUUGCGCCACCCCUGAUACCAGAUGGUUCGGGAGCUGAAAUAACGCUGACCAAAAGUAGAAGAGGAGGAGCAGGAGGUGUUGGUGUUGGUGGUGGUGGUGGCGGUGGUGGUGGUGUUGGUGGUGAUGGCGGCGGAGGAGUAGCCACCGCCGGAAGUGGCACUACCAUACCGCUGAAUUCCACACAAGCACUCGAGGAUUUCGAAAAGAAGUUCACUGUGAUGACGGACGAAAUGCGAGCUGUUAUACAAAAGGUUUUGGCCAAUCCGGAUCUCUCGACAUUUAUACAAACGAACUCCAGCAGUAAUAAUAGUGCAAAUCAAAAUCCCCUGGUGCCUUCGUAUAUAUCACCACCCAUGUCGCCCUCCGUGGGCGGUUUGAACAUGGGCAUGGCCAUGGGCAAUGUGGCCACCCUGACCUUGGCCUCCAAUCCGAAUGUAACGAUAACACCACAGUUGCCCGGACACUUUCUGCACUCGCCAUCGAGUUCGUGUUCCAGUUCGAGUGCCUCGAAUACGGCGCCAUCUCCGUUGAGCAGUAGCGGCGGCGGGGGAUCAGGUGGGGCGGGCGGAGCAGGCGGGUCAUCCAGCGGGGCAACAGGGCGGCAAAAGAGCGUGAUUUGUUCGACCAAAAGCAAUAAUCUACCAAUGGCCAUACUUUCGCUAGCUAGCAAUAAUUCAGGUGGGGUUAGUUCAAAUUCAGGAGUACGACGGAAUAACAAUAAUACUAAUAGUAAUUAUGGGCGUCAGACACACAGCCAAAGUAGUAGUAACCACAGCAAUACACAAACAACCACCCAACAACAAAGCACACCCACUGACGUAAUCGAUCUGUCCUCCUCUCGAAGGUCACUAGCUGCAUCGGCGGCCUAUUUGCAGCAACACUCGUCGGCGGUCGCCCAGCAACAGGUGGCGGCGGCAGCGGUGGCCCAGCAUCAACGUUUGGCCGCCGUCGCAGCCCAUCAUGCCCAGCAGAAUGGACGCAGUUCCUCGAAUUCGGGAAAUUCCGGCAGCUCGUCGAAUACUUCGGGCAACAACAAUGGAACAAGCAACUCUGGCUCCUCCGGUAAUGGCUCAAACGGCAAUGGCAAUGCCUCCUCGAACAGCGCCUCCAUGCAUCUGCAGCGCCAUGCGGCACUUGCACAUGCUGCGGCGGCGGCAAAUGCGGCGGAUAGUGCCCAGCGGCUGUGCGUCAUACCCGAAAUACCCACCAACAACAUGAACCUGACGCCCUACAAGGUGCUCAAAGUGUGCGUGGACAAGCAUCUGGUGCCCUGCAUCAAUAUGAAGGCCUACAAUGACUCCGAGCAGCUGAUGACGCUCAUCGAGUUCCAGAAGAACUUCUUCCCCUCGGUGCCGCUGGAUCAUUGCAAGCGAUUGAUCGAGGCCCUCGGCGUGGAGCUCUACAAGGCAAACCGGCGACAAGUUCAGAUCCUGAUGGAGUACGAUCGCAACUACAACGAGAACAUGCCGCUUGUGCAGGUGCGCGACAUCAUUAAGUACAUGACGCAGCUGACCUUCAUGACGCGCCAGACGGAGCAGCCGCCGGCCAAGAGGACGCGCACGAGCUAGGAAUUAAGCUGGGGAGCACAACAUUUGCCACCAACAACAACCACAACAGCAGCCACCACAAUAGCCACAGCCACACCAACAACACCACCAUUAAGCACAGCAGCCACAACAAGCAGCAACACAACAGCCACAGUUCACACACGAACAACAGCAACGUCUGCAGGGAUAGCACCACCAAUUUCGGUGGCAGCCCCAUCGCUGCGAAGACGGGCGCUCACACCGCCAGCGAAUGUUAGUGGUGAUGAAGUGCUGGCCAGACGGAGGGCACUAGCGCCACCGCCAGCUCCGGCAGUUUCGGCAGUUCCUGCCACACCACCAGGAGCAGGAACCAUUGGAUCUCCUGCACUAUCAGCAACACCUGUACACACCACCAGCAACACAUACGAAAUGUUGUACUCCCACAACCCACACCCGCACCACCCAGCAGCCCAGCACCACCAUCAGCAGCAUGAGCAGCAGCGUUUGCUUAAGAAGAGGCAGCAUGCCGAGCAGACGGCGGCCAAGAAUACGCGCACUGCUGCGGCAGCUGCCCAGAAAAUGGCCGAAGCCGAGCAUGCCUAUCUAUCCAAUUUGUACGGCAAGGCGGCGGCCAGCAUGCUAAGUCCACCCUUGGGUAAUGUCCUGCCCGAGUGGGAACAGCAGAGGCAGCGAAGGACACAGGCGGCAGCACCACCGCCCCACCAACAGCAGCAUCCGCAUCAGCAGCAGCCACCGCAGCAAUCGACGGCGACGGCGGCGGUGGCGGCGCCACCCCAACGACAUAUAAUGCAUCGCCGGCAUAGCGUGUGUGCCGCUGGACUGGCCAGCCUGUCGCCUGCCUCCUCGACGCACUCUUCGUCGACGGCCUCGCCCACUACGGCGGCGGCAGCGGCCCUGGCCGCAGCAUCCUACUACGGCAGUGCGGCAGCAGCGGCGGCGGCUGCAUUUACGGCACCAUAUCAGCACCAUCAUCAUCAUCAUGCCGCAGCGGCUGCUGCGGCCGCACAUCAUCAUGCAGCAGCAGCUGCAGCGGCAGCGGCGGCAGCAGCUGCGGCCCAUCAUACACAUGGUCAGCCAUCGCCCACCAUUUAUCCACCCACUCCGCCGCCAUCGGCGCCGUGGGUGCAUCCUUGGUAUGCCGGCGAUGCGGCGUUCUGAGCGAGAGAUCGUAGAUAAAAUAGAUCGUAGACAGAUGAAGAUCCCAUGGGGCGAGCAACUCAAGCCCCGCAUUGUACAUUCGAGUUUCUAGUUUGUUAAGCUAUUUAUUAAACGACGAAAAGGAAAAACAAAACCUAUUUAGAUCAAGAGAGAGCUCCAAACAUUUUUUUUUGCGCGUCUGUCUGGAGGAGA